UGUUGCUAUGUAACUGAGCGUAAACAAAAGGGAGUGUAAAGUGAUGCCAAGUCUGUCUCCGGUCACAAAACAGCAGCAUGAGCUCGGAAUAUAUUAUCUCUGAGCCCACGUCGAUGGACAAAGAGAUCCUGCAGCAUGCUGUGCAGGAACAGUUUAAACCAGAUCACAUCCUGCGUUUUCCAGAUGCGAGCCAAAUCCACUUUAAUGAAGUCGAGAAAUUAAGACUGGAGUACAAAAACAUCCUGAGGAUUGAUCACUUAUGGGACUUCUCAUCUUUGUCCAAACUUGAGUUAAAUAACAAUGCUAUAGAGAAGAUCCAGGGACUGGACCAUCUGAUUAAUCUGACGUGGCUUAAUCUGUCAUUCAACAAGAUUGAGAAAAUAGAGGGUCUGGAGUGUGUGCAAAAGCUUGAAGUGCUGAAUCUAUCCAACAACAAAAUCUCUGUCAUUGAAAAUAUGGACACACUUGAGAACCUAACUCAUUUCUUCAUUUCAAACAACCUAAUUGGACAGUUGGAUAAUGUGCUCUACCUCAGGAAGUUCAAGAACCUGGCAGCGUUCAACCUGUUUGGAAAUCCUUUCCUAAAUGAGGGUGAUUACAGAUUUUUCAUCGCUGCCUACUUUCCAAAGUUGAUGUUCCUAGACUCCAGAAUACUUGACCAGAAGACAAGAAAGGAAGCAACUAUCAAAUAUCACUAUGUCCUUGAGAAAAUGAGACUUGAAGAGCUGGGGCUACACCAGGCUGAUGAGGCUCGACAAAGACACGAAGCUGAGCUAAAAUUACACCGAGUACUAUCUUUUUUUUGUGAGUCAUCUGUUGAUUUGUAUACAUACAGUCUGACACUUAUGUUUUCUUUUUUGUUGUUUUUUGUGCAGGAUGCCUUUGUGGAGUUCCUUAAUGGCUCUUCUCUGUUUAGGACCAUGUUUAAAGAUGAUCCAAAAGCACAAACACUGCACUGUGCACCAGGAGUGGAUUCUCUGAUUCAAAGAUUUGAGCACCAAAUGGGAGAGCUGUGUACACAGUUAUUUGAAAGGGGCUUGGCUGAGCACAAACGAAGGGAGACAGAGGUGAAGUCUUUCUUCAGUUGCCAAGAAAAGGCUGUGACAGACUGCCAGGAGAAGGCAUCGCAGAUGUUAGCAAAGUUUAAUCAUGAACACAAAGAGCGGACAGAAGAGUUGCAGCAGUUAUCAGACCCAGAAGUACGCAAAGUCAAGAUUGACCACUGCAAUGAUGAAAUUAACCGGCUCUGUAAAAACCUCAUGACACUGGAGUUUCAGCUGGUCAGCGAGAUGGAGGAGAAGAUCAAAACUUUUGAGAGCAGAAUCUCAGACAUGGUUAAACACUUCAGUGAAAUCGCACAGGGGAUGUUCUCCCACUGUCGAGAUCUUGAAGAUGACUAUUAUCAGAAGAUGCAAAUAGUUGCUGCUAAAAUCUUGCAGACAGGGGCCAGAGACGCCCGGAAGGAGGACUUGCCAGAUGAUGUUAUAAUGCUGUUUGAAGACAGAGAUGCAGUGAUAGAUGCACUGGCCACAGCCCAUGAUAACCACCUCCUGAAGAUCAAUGACCGAGAGACUCAGCUGACUACAGGCAUCAGUGCCUGGAAGGAGGCCCUCAUUAAGGGGAUACGAGAUGAGGAACUGAAGCGGAACCGCAUGAACAUCUCAGACAUCCACAGAUAUGUGGAUAAUUUGAGGGAGCAGCAGGAGGAGUUGAUAUAGUGAAAACCACUUGGCGGCCUCAAGAACACUUCAAAAACCACUGUCAGUUCAAUUCAAUUCAAUUCAAUUCAAUUUUAUUUAUAUAG